GUGAAACACUGAGUUAAAAGAACAUUGUUGAGAAACAAAUGAUCCAAAGAAAGGGAGAAGUCAUGUAUAUACUUACCCGUAGUGCCUGAGGGCUGCUCUGUUACUAUUUACUACAUGUCAUCAUCUGUACUUUGCACUUCACCAAUUACGUCAGAUAAACAUGGUUAUUGUACCCGCAUUCCUGUGCUAGUAUAUUACAAAGCCUAUUGCUCAUAUGCCACAAGAAAGGAAAGAUCAGUUAUUUCCUUUACAACCUAAACAACGUUAGAAACGGAGAGUAGUAUCCAACUUUCACUUAGGGAAGUGUUUUUGUUCCAUAAUGUCGAUCUAAUCAUCAUAUGUGUAAGUGUUGUUUUGGCCUUUGUCAUCACUAACCAGGUCAGUGUACUCAAAUACCAAGAUUGACACCUUAACCCUGUUGUGUGGUCCGGAAACAUUUCCCAGGUCAGCCACAAGUAACCAAAGUGAAACCAUAAGAGGUGCACAGCACAGCCUGGCAUGCAGCUGAGACUGGGAGAUUUUAGAGAUGCAAACAUUUGAAACACAACCUUGUGACAUGUUAUCAUAUUAAUGUACUGAAGAGUGGGGUUUGAAUAUGUUGACUUGACCAGUAUUUUACUACAGUACUUCUGCACAGAAAGAGAAAGAGGAUAGAAAAAGAAAGCGAAUUACACUGACACAUCAGAAAAGUGAAUGCACUCACAUUGAACAGUGCCAAAACACUCAAAAUCUACCGGUUCGAUUUGGCUUAUUGUAGUAGCUGACAAAUCACAUUGUAAAAUCUAUUUAGGGGAAAGAUGUGAAUGACUCAUUUUCACUUAAAGGUCAAUGUUUAUCACGCCCUCGUUUUCUCAUUGGUUGUGAGUGGUGUUCCUCUUUCUCUAUGAGAGUAGUGUGAAUAGUAGGAGGGCCAUUACCCUACGUGAAGAGUUAUCUUUGUUUUCCUUCAGUCACUCAGGAAAGUACCAGCCCGACCUGCCUCCUGUCCUGGACAGCUACAGAGGAACACAGAGCAGAACACAGACAUAAAGACGUCCUCGUCGGAUACAGACACAACACACACACACAGCAGUGUUCUGAGGUUUCACAGCAGAGGAAGCCAAGAGGACAAACACACAGCGGCUCCAUCUCUCUCUCUCUUCCUGCACGCCCUCUGCUGCAUCUCAGGGGACUGAGGUUGCUCUACCCGAGCCUCUCCCCCCCCCCCCCCCCCCCCCCCCCCACGGCCAGACGUUGCAGAUUGAUGAUGCCGCAGCAGUCAAUGGAUCGCUGUGAGGUUUCAGAGAACUGCCACCAUCAUAGCCCGGGGGUCCAGGGGAGCCAGCGGCGCCUGGUCAGUGGACUCCUUCUCUGGGUCGGUCUCCUCACCGUCAGCCAUGUGGUCUGCAUCACCCUACUCGUCAUCACCAGGCCACACGCACUGCCUCUGCCAGAAAUAGUUUCAGCUCCAAAACCCACAGCAGACUCAUCUCUGAGCAUACCCCUGGAGCCACAAAGAGUGCCAUGGCAAAUGAUCACCUUUGAACCCACAGGUAUAGAUGAUAAUGAUGUCUCGGUGGAGAGAAGUGGGAUCAAGUGGAAGACGCAGUCCAAGGCAAAUAAUUUUGUCUCCCUAAAGGGCGGAUCCCUGACCAUCAACCAGGAUGGUUGUUACUUCCUGUAUCUUCAGGUUACUCUGGAGACACCAGAGGUGUCUGGACAGCACAUAGUGAGAGUGAACAAGCCCAACCAAGUCCUGCUGGAAGUAAGGAUGACCAACACCUCCCUCAGCACAGGGUUCCUGGGCAGGGCUGUGGAUCUAGCAGCCUCUGACACCCUCACAGUCACUGUCUCCCCUGGUGCCAGGAUCAACACCACCUACACCGCCACAUACCUGGGCAUCAUAGGUCCAAAAUGAUAUUUGUAGAUUCUAUUGGAUAUAGACACUCCUGUCUUCAUAGACACAUGCUGGGGGCUAGAUCUGGAAGUCAUUUGGUAGGGGUUGAUUGAAUAGAUCCUGGGGAUCUGGAGUUAACUGGGAUCAACCAAUCAUCCCACCACCUGUCAGAGAGAGAUGGAGUAGUGGGGAAGAUCAUGUGGGAGACACCGUGUAUUUGACUGAAACUGAUUCAGUCCGACUCCCUGCUCAUCACAGAAGAUUAUUCCACUCCUUUAUCCUCUACCUAGCCUUCCAACCUGUUUUGAGCUGCAAGGAUUUUCUUUCCAGAAUUCUACUGAUUUUUUAAUUAGAUUUUUAUUAACCGUUAUUUAACUAGGCAAAUCAGUUAAGAACAAAUUCUUAUUUUCAAUGAGGGCCUAUCAAAAUGCAAAAGGCCUCCUGCAGGGAAGGGGGAUUAAAAAGGUAAUAUAAUAAUGUGUCUUGUAAUGUUGGAAAAUAUGUUUAAAAGUAUUGGUCAUCAUGGGUUAUGGGUUGUACUGUUACUUUAGCAUGUUUCUCUCUUGGAUGAAGCAGCAUUGUUUUUAUCGCUCAGGAUUAUAGUUAGUAUGUUUUUCCAGUAAAUAUUGUUUUUUAAGCUAUGAAUGAGGGGAUUGUCUUAUCAAGUCUUGUGCACAGGGUUGUUGAGAGAAUGCACAGUAUCAACAUAUCUUUAAUGUUUACUUUAAUAUUUGCGUAUUGCUUUGUAUUUAAAAUAUUUGUUUUUUUACCUAUUUAUGUCUUAUUACAAUAUUAUCUUAUUAUUAUUUUCUUAUUAUUUAUUUUCUAUAUCUAUUUUGAAGGACAUGUUGAGUAUGUUGUAGGAUGAGAUGUAGAGAUAAUCAAUGAAUGUAUGUCACUAACCAGGUUUCCAUUCAGACGUUUUAUGCCAGUAAAGUACGUCAGGUAAAACAUUUAAUGACAGGCCUGAUGGAAACAGAAAAUGUUUCGGUAAACCUUCCAAAUGUAGACAAAAGGUGGGAUCUUUUUGUGUCGGUAAAACACCUUCAUGCCCAAAUAUUGAUGUAAUAACCACCAUGUCGAAGUAAACUUGGAGUCAUGCCACUAUGACUCGGGAAAGCAUGCAGUUUAUUGGCUACAGAUUAAAUGCAUUAUGAUGAACUUUUCAAUAACUUUUCAAUAAAUAUCGAGGGUCUUCUUCUGGCGAUGAUGAUCGAUUCUUGGCUGCCUUUUGACAAAUACAAAUAAUAUUGCUCUUAUCCAAUAAUCGCAUUAUGUUGGUAGCCAACCGCACUGUAUCUCAAAUCAAAUGUAUUUAUAUAGCCCUUCUUACAUCAGCUGAUAUCUCAAAGUGCUGUACAGAAACCCAGCCUAAAACCCCAAACAGCAAGCAAUGCA